UUGUUAUUUGAGUUCUUGUAAUGUCUGUUUGUAAAUAAGUUUUAAAUCAUUAUUUCUGUAUGAAUCUUAUAGCAACUAUGAGAUGGAGUGCUUGAGGUGUAGAUUGUGUGCUUUAGAGGCACCCAGUUUGAUACACAUUGAAGAGGAUUUUGGAAAUCAAGUUUUAACCUUAUUUCAUGUACAAAUUGGGGGCCCCAAUGAUAGACUUUCAUGUUACGUUUGCAACACUUGCAUGAACACAGUUAAUGCCACUUGGAUAUUUUUUGAAAAAGUACAGAGGGCUCAGCGGGAGUUGAUAGAAACUUUAACAAUUGUUCAAAGUUCAACCAAGGUAAUUGAAGAUUGUGUUAUAAAUAACACAAAAUUGAAUGCAACAGAAACUCUUCUGGAUGUUGUUAUUGAUAACAAAAAUGAAACUGAAGACAAAUUAUUUACUGGUAAAGGAAGAACAAAAAAGACAAAAUGUCGAAAGUCAGAAGAAACUGAUGCACUGUCUGGGGCAAGUGAUUGUGAACAAAAUGAAGAUGGAAGUCUUAUAAUGCAAAGGAAUCUGGCUGGAUGGGAGAGUUAUCCUUGGGCAUGCUGUGAUUGUGGUCAAAGUGUACUUAGCUGUGAGGAAUUGAGGGAUCAUUAUAUUGUAAUACAUGGCCAAAAUAACAGUGGUUCAAGAUUUGCUUGUGCAGAUUGUCCAAAAAUCUACACAAAAUUCACCAUGUUUUUAACACAUGUUAGAACUCACAGACCCUACUUGAAAUUCUGCUGCGAUGUAUGUAACAAAUGGUUCCCAAGUGCCAAAAUUCAGGAGAAACAUAGAGCUGAGCAUAUGGAUGAAAGACCAUACCCUUGCACCACAUGUGGUAAACGAUUUCGAAUGCAGUCAGCAUUGUUGGUCCAUUCCAGGUCCCAUUUACCUUUAGAAUUGAAAAAUCGCUAUCAAUGCGACCAGUGUCCAAAGCGAUUUGGCACUCGACCUAAUUUGAUGGCACAUAAGAGAAUCCAUGCAGGCGUCAGAGAUUUUACGUGUGACCAAUGUGGAAAAAGUUUCGUACAAAAGGGUAAUCUUGAUAAUCAUUUACUAACUCACACAGCGGUUCGUCCAUUCUCUUGCUCGACCUGUGGAAAGUCAUUCAAAACUUUGGUGAGAUUGAGGAAACAUGGUACAGUACACUCCGGUUUGAAACCCCAUCAAUGUGAUGUUUGUGGACGACAAUUCAGAGAAAGAGGCACUCUGAAAGAACAUCAUCGCAUCCAUACUGGAGCUUUGCCAUUUACAUGCGAAUUUUGCGGCAAAAGUUUCAGAUUUAAAGGAGUUUUAACAACGCAUCGUAGACAGCACACUGGCGAGCGCCCCUACUCUUGUCUGGAGUGUCAGCACCACUUCACAAAUUGGCCUAAUUAUAAUAAGCAUAUGAAGAGAAGACAUGGCAUCAAUACAAGCGUAACAGUUCGCAAACCACAAACAAUUCCACCGACUGGUAUGCCGCAGAGGAAUCCUCCAGGUUCGGUAUUGGCUCCACCACAGCUGCCGGAAACCCACUACGGCCAUCACGAAACCCAUUCUUUUUAUCCUGUACUAAACUUGUACAAUAUUACAGAUGAUUUAAUGCAGCAGAGAACGGUGCAGUAAGCAACGCAUGCUUGGUGCAGUUUUUAUUUCUUAAUGUUUUUAAAAAAUAUAAUUUUUAAUCACAGCAAAAGGCAAUAUGCAAUAUGUGAUAUUUUUAUAGUCUACAUCAGUACGUGCUGCAUACAUAUAAUUAAUUUACAACGAUGGCCAAUGCUAUUGAACAUAAAGUAAUUGAUAGAUAUUAUGUCUAUUAUCAAUAUAAGAUUGAAUUGUGUUUAGUUAUAUGGAGUCAGGAAUUUUUAAAGAUAGGACAUACAUGUACUACAAUCAUAGUUCGGAAAACGGUUUGCUUUCAAUUGGCUCCGCAUUUUACUAGUGAGAGCCGGUUCAUAGAUUCAAUCAACAGGAUGUUGUUAUGUUAUUCAAUAACUAAUAUUUAUUUAAUUAAAAUGUUCAAUAUUUUUGGCCAUUGACACCUGCAUCUCUGUAUAUUUAAUUUACUUAAUUAAUUUUAAUAAAAUACAAAUUCAAUUGU